AUGGACGAGUUACUAAAAAUGAAGACUCUUGCAGACAAAAAAAAGCUCGUAGUUAUUCCAGUUUUCUACAAAGUGGAGGUAGAAGACGUUAGUAAUCUUAAAGGUAAGUUUGGUAAAAAAUUCUCUAAGCUUGCGAAGGCUAAUCCAGAUCGGAUUACUAAGUGGAAAGAUGCUCUCGAAAGCAUCUGCAGUUACAUGGGUAUGUUGUUGUCAGACAAGAGCUCUGAAGCCGAUUUUGUCAAGGAUAUUGUUAAAGAGGUUAAGAGAGUUGUAGAAGCAAUUAGACACGAGGAAAAAGAAAAUCUUUCUGGUAAACAUUUGAAGAGGAAGGGAAAACAAGUAUCUGCUGAGUCUGUGAUGGUCUAUGAAGAUUUUUUAUUGGGUGUAACUUACUGUGAUGACCCAAAUCCUAUAGUCAACCAAGUUCCAAACCCACUGCAAGAAACCCUAGAAAUCGAGUCGUCUGAAGUAUCAAAGGACGUACCAUCGCAUCCACAGAAUUCAGAGGCUUAG